AGGCAGCGGCGGCGGCCGCGGGCGUAGCGGGCCGGACCGAGCCCAGCGACGCGGGCGGCGGGCAGCGCGAGCUCCGCACACGCCGCCUCCGCCAGCGCCCCGGCCGCGCACGGGCCCCGCGGGGCGGGCCGCAGGGAGGCCCGGGCGGGCGCCGCCGCCGCCGCCGCCCACGCGCGACCCUCGGGGGCCCGGCGCGACGCCCCUUUGUCCGGGGGGGCCGUUCAUGCCGCCGCCCCCCGCGCGCUGCGGGCCCGGCCGCGCCGAGCAGGGCCGUCUCUAGGCCUGAGGUGCCCACCCUGGGCCCUGGAGAAUGAACCAGCCACAGAGGAUGGCGCCUGUGGGCACAGACAAGGAGCUCAGUGAUCUCCUGGACUUCAGCAUGAUGUUCCCCCUGCCCGUGGCCAACGGCAAGGGCCGGCCCACCUCCCUGGCUGGUGCCCAGUUUGGAGGCUCAGGUCUGGAGGACCGGCCCAGCUCGGGCUCCUGGGGCACCAGCGACCAGAACAGCUCCUCCUUUGACCCCAGCCGGACCUACGGUGACGGCACGCACUUCAGUGAGCCCCACGGCAGUCUCUCUUCAUCCACAUUCCUGGGCCCGGGGCUUGGAGGCAAGGGCAGCGAGCGGAGCACGUACGCCGGCUUCGGGAGAGAUGCAGGUGUUGGCGGCUUGAGUCAGGCUGGCUUCCUGCCCAGCGAGCUGGCCCUCGGCAGCCCCGGGCCACUGUCCCCUUCAGGUGCCAAGGGCGGCUCCCAGUAUUACUCCUACCCUGGCCACCCUCGGCGGAGAGCCGCGGAGAGCGGACUGGACACGCAGCCCAAGAAGGUCCGGAAGGUGCCGCCGGGUCUCCCGUCCUCAGUGUACCCGUCCAGCUCAGGUGAGGACUAUGGCAGGGACACCACCGCCUAUCCAUCUGCCAAGACCCCCAGCAGCGCCUAUCCCCCCCCGUUCUACAUGGCAGAUGGCAGCCUGCACCCUUCGGCCGAGCUCUGGAGUACCUCGGGCCAGGCAGGCUUUGGGCCCAUGCUGGGUGGGGGCUCGUCGCCCCUGCCCCUCCCGCCCGGUGGUGGCAGCUCUGUGGGGACUGGCGGCGGCGGCGGGUUUGGCAGCCUGCACCAGCAUGAGCGCAUGGGCUACCAGCUACACGGGACAGAGGUGAACGGCGGGCUCCCGGCAGUGUCCACCUUCUCCUCCGCCCCCACGGCCGCCUAUGGCGGGGUCUCCAGCCACACGCCCCCCGUCAGCGGGGCCGACGGUCUCAUGGGCUCCCGCGGGACAACUGCCGGCAGCUCUGGGGACGCCCUUGGGAAGGCAUUGGCCUCGAUCUACUCCCCGGAUCACUCAAGCAAUAACUUCUCCUCCAGCCCCUCGACCCCCGUGGGCUCCCCACAGGGCCUAGCAGGGACGUCGCAGUGGCCCCGACCAGGAGCCCCCGGUGCCUUAUCGCCUAGCUAUGAUGGGGGUCUCCACAGCCUGCAGAGCAAGAUGGAGGACCACCUGGACGAGGCCAUCCACGUGCUGCGCAGCCACGCAGUGGGCACCUCAGCGGACGUGCACGGGCUGCUGCCUGGCCACGGGGCUCUGGCCUCCGGCUUUGCCGGCCCCGUCGUGCCACUAGGGGGGCGACACUCUGGCCUGGUGGGAGGCGGCCACUCGGAAGACAGCCUUGUGGGCGGCGGCAGCCUCCUGCACAACCACGUGGCCCUCCCCAGCCAGCCCAGCAGCCUCCCUGACCUUGCUCGGCCGCCAGACUCCUACAGUGGACUCGGGCGCGCCGGGGCUGUCUCGGGUGCUGGUGAGAUCAAACGGGAGGAGAAGGAGGACGAGGAGAACACUUCCGUGGCCGACAACUCCGAGGAGGAGAAGAAGGAGCUGAAGCCCCCCCGCGCUCGGACCAGCCCGGACGAGGACGAGGACGACCUUCUCCCCCCAGAGCAGAAGGCUGAGCGGGAGAAGGAGCGCCGGGUGGCCAAUAACGCUCGGGAGCGGCUGCGGGUCCGAGACAUCAAUGAGGCUUUUAAGGAGCUGGGGCGCAUGUGCCAGCUGCACCUGAGCAGCGAGAAGCCCCAGACCAAACUGCUCGUCCUGCACCAGGCCGUGUCGGUCAUCCUGAACCUGGAGCAGCAGGUGCGAGAGCGUAACCUGAACCCCAAAGCGGCUUGCCUGAAGCGGCGAGAAGAGGAGAAGGUGUCGGGUGUGGUCGGAGACCCCCAGAUGGUGCUUUCGGCCGCCCACCCAGGCCUGAGCGAGGCCCACAACCCCGCGGGGCACAUGUGAGGAGGGGCGCCGUGCGGGACCAGCGAGCCGGCCCGGUCCCUGCCGCACGCACGCACGCCUGUCAUGAGCACGGAGCCCGCGCCACCGGGGGGGGGGGGGGGGGCGGCUGCCCCGCCCCCGGCCCCCAGCUCCGGGCCUCACUGCCUUGACGCCGUGGGACUUCCCUGAUGGAUCCUGAAACCGCAGCCCGGGCCGAAAGGGGCAGUUUUGUUUUGUUUUGUUUGUAAACAAAACCGGAAAGCAAGAUACACACUUUGUCAGAAAAGAUGAAAAAAAUGCCUUAAGUAGAAAACGCGGGAGAGUCCAAACCUACCACUUGCCGGAGGGAGAAGCAAGAGGGCUCGCCUCGCGGAGCCGCCGUGAAUCGUGCCUACGCCUGACCUGUGUCUUAAGGAAAAUAAAGAACGUUAGUUAGAUUUUUUUUUUAAUGUAUUAGGAAAUUAGCAAGGAGGAUGCCUUUGGUCUCUUUUUUUUUUUUUAAGCUUUUUUGCAUACGUUUUGUAAGCAACAAAUUUUUUGUAUAAAAGUCUCGUGUCUCUUGCUAUUUCUGCUGCUGUCUCUAGAACUGAGCGUUGCAUUUCAUGAUCAACCAGAUUAUUAAAAGUUGUAUUAAAAAGA